AUGUGGAGAAAAAGGACCGAGCUUUUUUUGGCUUUUUUUUUUUUAAUAUUUUUUUUUGUGGUUGUGGAUUGGAUUUGGAUUCCCUUUUUUGAAACAUGUCUGGCAACCAACAGCGAUACAGCCAAAAUAGUUCAUGUCGUAGCUAAAGAUGCAAAAAGUGGCAAGCAAAUCAAACUAAACUAUGUAAACAAGAAGAUUACCGGCAAUGGUUCUUUCGGUGUCGUCUAUCAGACUCGUCUUACAGACACAGAUGAAGAUGCUGCAAUUAAGAAAGUCCUUCAGGACAGACGCUUCAAGAACCGUGAACUACAGAUUAUGCGUCUAGUAGAUCAUCCCAACGUUUGUCGUCUUAAGUCUUACUUUUACAAUCAAGUAGAAAACAAGGCAAAUGAAGUGUACCUCAAUUUGGUGAUGGAGUAUGUUCCAGACACCCUUUAUCGCGCCACUCGUCAUUAUGCAAAGAUGAAGCAACCCAUGCCAAUGUUCCGAGUUCAGAUUUACAUGUAUCAAGUCAUCAGAUCAUUGGCUUACAUUCACUCGCUUGGCAUCUGUCAUCGUGACAUCAAGCCUCAGAAUGUAUUGUUGAAUGUUGAUAGUGCAGUGUGCAAGAUGUGUGACUUUGGAAGUGCAAAGAUAUUGGUGCCAGGUGAACCAAAUGUGUCUUACAUUUGCUCGAGAUAUUACCGUGCACCCGAACUUAUCUUUGGGGCAACAAACUACGCCAUCACAAUCGAUCUUUGGUCUACUGGAUGUGUGAUGGCUGAGUUGAUUCUCGGGCAGCCUUUCUUUCCAGGCGAUAGUGGGAUUGAUCAGUUGGUGGAAAUCAUCAAGAUUCUCGGUACGCCUUCAAAACAGGAGAUCGCGGCUAUGAAUGCAAGCUAUGUCGAACACAAGUUUCCCCAGAUCAAGCCGCAUCCUCUGCAAAAGAUCUUUUCGAGUGCGACAAUCGAGGCAGUAGAUUUGUUGUCUAGAUUGCUCCAGUACCACCCCCAGAGACGAAUAAGCGCCAUCGAGGCUCUUUGCCAUCCAUUCUUUGAUCCUAUUCGUGAUCCUACAACCCGACUUGAGAAUGGAGGACCUCUUCCUCCAGUCUUAGAUUUCUCCAAGCACGAAUUGUCAAUCCGGCCUGAUUUGAUCAGACGACUUGUACCUCCUCACUGUGAACAAGAAUUGUUGGAACGUGGUAUUGAUGUCAAUUGUUUUGAGCCUAUUCCUACUGAGGAUCUCAAGAUCCCUCCUCUUUAA